AUGAAAAAUCUGGUUCGAUGGCUCUUCUCCACUACCCGCUUUGCUACUUUCUAUUUUUCCUUAUGUAUUAAGUUUCCCUUAAUAUAUAAUUUGAUAUUACUUUCGAUUUUUAUAUUUUUAUUCCUUUGUCGUUUUAUAUUCUGCCUAAUACCAAUUUUCAAUCUUUUUAGUUCGUGCUUCGUCGGCUCCUCCUUUCUGAUCACUCUCCCGCCGGAGAUUCAAGACCCCCAGGCUCUAGCUCAUUUAGCAGGGCUAAACUUCUAUCUGAGUCUUUACGAGCAGGAUCCGGGAUGGGUUACGUUCAUUCAGAACGAGCUUAAUCACAAUACCCCCCUGGAAGACAUACCUGGGCGGCUUAAGCUCUUCCUAAUGGAAGAAAAGCUCUCUUCUAUGCGACAAGAUGUCAUUCAGGAAUUUGUGGCGCUUUAUCAAAGAGUAGGGCCUUAUCUACCGAUCGAGCCCUACUUGGUCAUAAUUGAAUAA